AUGUUGGCUAGGAACUCUGUGGCCAGGAACGUGUUCAAAGCGACGCGAUCGGCUGGCUCGCGGGUCAUCUUGCGGUCUCGCAUCACCACGUCUGUAACAAGGGCUGACCCUCCGGAUUCUCAAGGAAUACCCCCUCCCCUUAGGGGCACCAGAAUCGUUGACCUCACUCGUGUGUUAGCCGGUCCGACUGCAACAAUGCUACUUGCCGAUCUCGGGGCCGACGUUAUCAAAAUAGAAGAGGUCAAGUGUGGGGAUGACACUCGGUCGUGGUUCCCGCCUUCAGCUGCUCUUCUGCCUGCAGAAUCCCAACCCCCGAAUACAUCUCAUCUUCCACCUGAAUCGACCUAUUUCCUCUCCGUGAAUCGAAAUAAGCGCUCCUGCACUAUUAACUUUAAGCAUCCCGAUGGCCUUUCGGUUCUUUACGACCUCAUAAAAACCGCGGAUGUUUUGGUGGAAAAUUUCAUCCCAGGUAAGCUGGCUGAGAUUGGGUUGGGAUGGGAGGAUUGCAAACGAAUUAAUGACAGGUUGAUCUAUGCCUCUAUUUCCGGCUAUGGACAGACCGGACCCUACGCUAAGAACGCAGGAUACGACGUCGUCAUAGAAGCGGAGGCUGGCCUCAUGCACAUAACAGGUGAACCGGAUGGUAUGCCCAACAAAGUGGGCGUGGCAGUCACCGACAUCUCCACAGGCCUGUUUGCCCAUGGCGCCAUACUUGCUGCAUUACUCUCCCGCCAGCAAACCGGGAAAGGUGUCUGGAUAGAUUGCAAUCUGUUCGAGACGCAGAUAUCAGGUUUAGCCAAUGUAGCCUCUGCUUACCUCAUAGCGAGCAAAGAAGGCGGCCGGCACGGCACGUCCCACCCCUCCAUCGUUCCGUACCAGGUGUUCCCAUGCAAGGAUGGCUAUCUCAUGAUUGGCGCAGGAAAUGACCGACAAUUCACCAAGCUUGCGGAGAAUGUGCUGAAUCUCCACGAGCUCACGACUGAUCCACGCUUUGCUUCUAACUCCUCACGCGUGGCUCACCAGGAAGAACUUGUUAAAAUCAUCACAGACGCAUUCAUGAAACAUAACACAGACCAUUGGCUGAGAGCAUUUCAGGGUCAAGGAAUACCGUUUGGCCCGAUCAACAACAUCAGCCAAACAUUUUCCCACCCCCAAGCCAUCGCUCGGAGGGUCACGGUCGAGGUUGACCAUCCGAGAGCAGGAAAACUGAAGCUUACCGCGCCACCUGUUUCGUAUAACGGAAAAAAAAUGCCUGUUAGAACACCUCCACCGUAUCUGUCGGAACAUACAGAAGAGGUGCUCACAAGAGAUCUGGGGUACUCGAAGGAAAGGUUCAAUGAGUUACGAAGGCUUGGAGUUGUGUAGUUAUCGUACUGAACAUGGCAUGAGUUCCUGGGUUGAAGCAGCCUCCAAUGAAGGAUGUCAGAGCGAACUAUGAAAACAGCGCCAGCGAACACUCGUCGUCAGCAUGCUUUGAUUAAUAUUUCAAACAUGGUUCAUUCCAGUCUGAGUCGGGGCCCCACUCGAUCACAACCAAAGCACGUACAAGUGAAGUACUUUGGAUACGGAUAUUGUUUAUAACUUAUACUGUAGAAUUUGAUCAAUUUU